AUGGAGCGAACUAUGUUUUGCUGUCUAUUAUUCUGUGUGCUAGUAACGUUCCUCACAACCGCUUGUGCAGCAGCGUCUGCCGCGCCGUCGCUCCCAGCGUCCCUCUUACUCUCUUUAUUCCCGGAGUCCUUCUUACUCUCAUCCUUCGCAGCGUCUGAUGAGUCAUCGGGUUCAGGCGGGCUCCCUGUAGUGUCGUCCACACAGAGUGCGACUGCUCUGAAAGGGAAAGUUUUUCUGCGCUAUGCCGGCAAGUUGAGACCCCCCUGUAGCCACGGAAAGAUCGUUGGUGACCUGGCAGCAACAGGGAAGUACUCUUAUAAGGGACUGGAGUCCUCUCCAUCAGAAUGUUACGUUGUGGAAAAGAUGCGAGUGGACAACAUCCGAUCAGGAGGGGCUCAACCCAGCAUUAUGUCUGGGUUGAAGCAAGUAAGCUGGGCGAUCAGGGCAGCAAGGGGCAGCAGGGAAGCGACGGGGAGGCCUGCUGGGUGGACAAUGGGACUCGCACAACCAGGUGUAACCUUUGAGUCAACUCAAAAGGCAGCAGGGCAGCGACGGCGAGGCCUGCUGGGUGGACAAUGGGGGACUCGCACAACCAGGUGUAUCACCUUUCCUCGUGCCCGUCUCCCCUCAUCUGUGCUCCCUCCCCGCCUUGCUCACCUUGGCCCUGGCCAUGGGUUGAAGCAAGCAAGCUGGGCGAUCAGGGCAGUGAGGGGAGCAGCACGGGGGAGGGAGGGUCGAGUGAUGUAUCACCUUCGCUCCUGGCUCCUUCGCGGGUUGAAGCAAGCAAGCAAGCUGGAGGAUCAGGGCAGCGAGGUGCAGCAAGAGGAGGGAGGGUCGACUGAUGUAUCACCUUUCCCCCUGCCCUGCCCCCUUCAUCCGCACUCCCCUCAUUUGCACUUCUUCUCUCCCUUGCUCGCCUUGCCAGGGGUUGAAGCAAGCAAGCUAAAGGAUCAGGGCAUGUCAACGCCUCUAAACUCAGGAAGAACCACCCACACUCACCUGCAAGCCUUCGUAUUCCGCCUUGGGUCGUUUCAGCUCGCCCUGCUUCUCCACCAGUCGGCUCUGCAGCUCCAUCGCAUCGUCCGCCUCUGUGCUCCUCCCAUUCAGCCUCAUAGCGACCUGCACCGCACAGAACCCACCUGUAAGGCUUCAAACUCCGCUUUCAGCCGUUUCAGCUCGCCCUGCUUCUCCACCAGUCGGCUCUGCCGCUCCAACACGUCACCACUGCCUCUCUUCCCCUCCCUUCCCAUACAACCUCACAGCGACCUGCCCUGCAAGCCACACUCACUCACUCUGCAGCUCCUUCACGCCAUCACUCUUGCCUCUGACCUUCCCUUCCGACCCUCUACCCACUUCUCUGCACCUCCAUCACGCCAUCACUCUUGCCAUCACGUCGUCCGCCUCUGUGCCCCCGAACGGGUGGAAUGCAAAGCUCACUUCAUCCUCUCCCCCCUCGUUCCGCUCAGGAGUGUCUUCAUAGUCAUCGUCACUCUCCGGGCCUCCUCUGCUGCCUCGGGACGAUCGUUCGGCUUCUUCCUUCUUGUCGCCGCCCAGCAACCUGGGGAGUGGUAG